CGGCGCCACAGACGAAGGCCGACGUGUGACGCCCAUAAAAGCAGGAAAACAUCUGACCUCAGAUCAGCACGCACAACGCCGCUGCUCAUAUUCAAAUUGUGUGACAAUGGGAAACGCCGCUUUACGCCAGGUGUGUGCGUGCGUGUGUGUUUGAUGACAUCAGCAGUCAGAGGAGACCAAAAAAAAUCCUCAUCUAAAAAUAGACGAAGCAAACUAGGACAUCCUCUCCUCAUAGCCCCUCCCCUACCUGCUUUCAAACACUUUAACCUUCCCUCCUCUUCCUCACAUCAGUACAUUAUCCUGUCUUACAUUACACUACAUUAUAUUAUAUUAUUUUGCAUUGGUGUGUCCCGGCGGGCGACCGGUUAGAGCGUCAGCCUCACAUUUCUGAGGACCCGGGUUCGAUCCCCGUGUGGAGUUUGCACGUUCUCCUCGUGCCCGCGUGGCUUUUCUCCGGGCGCUCCGCUUUCCUCCCGCAUCCCCGAAACACGCAUGAAUUGGAGACUCUAAAUUGCCCGUAGGUGUGGACGCGAGUGCGAAUGGUUUGUUUCUAUGUGCCCUGCGAUGGGCCGGCGACCGGUUGAGGGCGUGCCCCGCCUCCUGCCCGAUGACGGCUGGGAUGGGCACCGGCGCGCCCGCGACCCGCGCGACAGAAAAUGGAGGGAUGGAUUAUAUGACACUGGUGUGUCCCCACAAUGAGUGUCAGCCUGAGGUCGCGCCACCUACGGUUCGCAUCGUGCACUCCGGACCGGCGUGCGACGUGGAGGAGGAACGGCAAAGCGAGCGAGUCUACACCAUCCGAGAAGGAGAAACUCUGGAACUCGUCUGCCUGGUCACCGGACACCCUCGACCGCAGGUGCGCUGGACGAAAACGGCGGGCGGAAGUUGGGAGCGCCAAGGCGACUCUCGGGCGCACAACGACACUCUGAAGAUCGAAAGCAUCGGCCGCCACCAGGGGGGGCGCUACUACUGCAAGGCGGACAACGGCAUCGGGACGCCCGCCAUACGAUCCAUACGAGUUGAUGUGUACUUUCUGGACGAGCCGCUGAUCACGGUGCAUCAGAGCGCGGGCGACGCCAAGGAUCGCUUCUACGCGGAGCGGACGGUCUUCCUGCGCUGCGUCGCCGCGUCCAAUCCGCCCGUCGCCUACACCUGGAGGAGAGGCCGCCAGGCGCUGUCGCAGGGAGCGGACGCCGGAGUGGACAUCUAUGAGCCCUUCUUCACGCCGGGCGAGACCAAGAUCCUGAAGUUGAAGAACCUGCGUCCUCAAGACUACGCCAACUACACGUGCGUCGCCUCCGUCAGGAACGCGUGCGACAUCGCUGACAAGAUGGCGCACUUCAGCCUCAGCAACAGGACAGCUCCGCCCUCUGUCGAGCUGCUCCCGGACGACCCCCUGGUGGUCGACCCGGGCCGGACGGUGACGCUGGUGUGCGUGACGUCCGGCGGGGAGCCCCCGCCCGCCCUCCGCUGGGUGCGCCCCGGGGGGGAGGCGCUCCCCGAGGGGAGCGUGACCGAGGCCGGCACGCUCACCAUCCCCGCCGUCGCCGUGGACGACGGCGGGGCCUACAGCUGCCUGGCCGACAACAACGUGGGCGGCGGGGCCAGGAAGUCCACCGACAUCCUGGUCAGAGGUCUCCGCAAGGCUCGCUUCUGGAUCACUCCGGACCCGUACCACGACGACGACCGCAUCCGGAUCGGGCGCGAGGUGAAGAUCAGCUGCCAGGUGGAGGCCACGCCCCCCGAGGAGCUGCAGUUCGGCUGGAUGAAGAACGGUCGCCCGCUGCGCAGCUCCGAGCGAAUGGUCAUCACGCACACGGACGCGGAGAUGUCGCCGGGCGUCACCAACCUGGACAUCAUCGACCUCAAGUUCACCGACUUCGGCACGUACACGUGCGCGGCGUCGCUCAGGGACGGAGGAAGUCCGGAGAUCAGCAUCGACGUCAACAUCUCGUCCACCACAGUUCCUCCGGAGCUGACGGUGCCCAGGGGGCGCUCUCGCAUCGUCGCCCGGGAGGGCGACACAGUGGAACUGCGGUGUCUGGUGUCGGGCAAACCCAAGCCCGUCAUCCUGUGGUCCCGCGCGGAGGACGCUCCGGAGGCGGCGGACGAGGUCCCGGCGGGGGCGCCUCCGGCGACCGAGGACGCCGCGCAGACCGAAGGCUACGACGGCAUCCUGAGGCUCGCCGACGUGACGCGGGAGAUGGGCGGGACCUACCGCUGCCGGACCAGCCAGUACAACGGCUUCAACGUCAAACCCCGACAGGCGCUCGUACAGCUGGCGGUGCAGUUCCCGCCCGCGGUGGAGCCGGCGUUCUCGGAGGUGCGCCAGGCUCUGGGUCGGGCGUUCGCCCUGACGUGCCGCCUGCUGCGCGCCCACCCCGCCCGCCCGCUGCGCUACGAGUGGAAGCUGGGCUCCCGCCUCCUGACCGUGGGCCGGUUUGACGAGCAGAGCGACGACACGCGCUACCAGGUGCGAGCGCUCAACCGCGAAGGCUACGGCGAGUACACGUGCGACAUCAGCAACGAUGCCGGAGCGGGCAGAUGUACCUUCCUGGUCACGGGGAAGGCGUACCCUCCCGAGUUCUACUACGACACGCGCGGCGCCCUGUGGCAGAACCGGCCUCGCUCGUACGGCUUCAAGUUGCAGUGGACCCAGAUGGAACCCGCCGGCGUGGACCGCAUCCUGGCCUACAGGCUGGGCAUACGUCAGGUGGGGCAGGGCCGCUGGUGGGAGCAGGAGAUCCCCGUGGAGGCCGGAAUCCGCAAGGGGGAGCUCUUGACCUACAACCUGACGCAGCUGGUCAAACCCGAGUCCUACCUGGUCCGCCUGACGCCCAUCACGCGCUACGGCGAGGGCGACGCCACCGAGCGCAUCAUCGCCUACAGCGCUCCAGUGAAUCCACACCUCAGGGAGUUCCAGUGUGCUUUCGAGGACGAGACCUUGUGUCUCUUCUCGCAGGACAAAAGCGACGACUUCGACUGGACCCGCCACAGCGCCGCCUCCCGCGACACCAAGUACACGCCCAACACCGGACCCGGCGCCGACCGUCGUGGCUCCAAGCAAGGGCAUUACGUUUACAUCGAGACGUCCCGGCCCAGAAUGGAGGGCGACCAGGCCCGCCUCCUGUCGCCCACCUUCAACGCGGGCUCCAAAAGCGGCGCCACCUACUGCCUGGCCUUCUACUACCACAUGUACGGCAAGCACAUAGGCGCGCUCAACGCCUUCCUGCGCCAGAAAGGAGCCGCGGCGUCGGAGGCGUCGGAGGCGUCGGUGUGGAGUCUGAGCGGUAACCAAGGCGACCGAUGGCGCCGCGCCGCCGUCGACGUCCACCCCAGCGCAGACUUCCAGGUGCUACUCGAAGUGGUCCUGGAGGGGGUGCGCGGCGCCGGCAUCGAGGGCGACAUCGCCGUCGAUGACGUCACCAUCCAGGAGGGCCGAUGCCAGGAUCCGCCGUCCAACAACCUGAUCUCGCACGCCCCGCCCCGCCGACCCGCUUUAUGGCUGCUGCGCGUCGCUCUGAGUUUGACUCUGAUCGGCCGACAGAGGUAUUUGGAAACAGCGACCCCGCUGACCCCCGGUGACCUCCCCCCCCCCCGGACCACCGUGAGCCUGUCAAACUUGAUGACCGCCAAGAAGGCACGCGCACGCAGCAGAACACGUACACAUCAUACGCACGAGAACACACACACACACACACACGGGGACAAACUCACACUAACACACACAAACCUGAACACACAAACGAAAAGACACAGACGCACUUGCUGGCGGACACAAAAACACACACACACACACACACACAGAUCCCGAAGGAGUCCUUGCGGGGUCUUGAGCGUUUUCGUUGUUUCGGAGUCCGUCCGCCAUGACACUCAAGUGCCUUCAGAUCGAGCGGGAGUCUGCCGUCGCCGCGGCGACUGGGGAAGGACAUCCCGGCGGCGGGAAAGACGUGGAUAAAGCCCGAAAGGAUGAUUCCGACACGCGAGGAGGUUUUUCCGAAACGAGGCUUCCCGAUUGGUCGGAUGUUCCCGAAGUGGGCGUCGCCACUCCGAUAAAGUCCACAGUGUGGAAUUUAUUUUUCAACAAGCACAAAAAAGACAAAACGCCCGAGUUUUUUUUCCCCCUCUCAAUCCUGCCGGAAGGAAGGAAAAUGUCAACUUCCUCUCUCGGCAGGAAGUCGACGACGGCGGCGUUUGUCAGGACGGCUAAGUUUGAUUUUGUCUCUUUUCCUUCCUUCAGCAUGUUUGACAAACAAAAAGUGUUGGACUGCAGACAAUA